AUGAUCGCAAUCCAGUCUCUAACAAGGCAGCGCCUUGCCGCAAUUACAUCCCAGUACCCAGCCUGCUACUCCCGGCUUUUCUCCACGUCACCUGCUUCACAGGAUGUGCACUCCUCGGCGUCAAGAACACCCCCGACGGAACCCCACACCAUUGAUCCGCGAUGGCUAACCAUGAUCAAGAGACGGAUCGGGAAAUGCAUGAUGUUCGGCUUGAAGCCGCCGCAGAUCCAGGAGGCAGGGAACAUCCUGCAGCGGGUUGCGCGGGAUUGGCGGGGGUUGAUCGCGGGCAGUGAGGGAUACCUGACCGAUGAGACACGCAGAGGGCACGUCAACAACGUGACAUACGUUCGGUAUGCGGAGACCGCGCGGGUAUACUUCACACGCAACUUCGCCCUCCACAUCGACCCGGCACACAAGACGGAAUGGAUGAACCUGGUCAGCUCAAAGGGCGUCGGGGUGAUCCUCCGCAGUAUCAAGGUCGACUACAAAUUCCCUAUGACAUACCCUGACCAAGUUACCGUUUAUCAUAAAUUGGCGCAUGAUCCGGCCUCCGCCCAGUCAUCCCAGUACGCGUUUCAUCUCCAGGCUAUGAUUGUCUCUGAAGCGCAUCAGCGGCCUGCUGCCCGUGUGCACGAGGAUAUUGUUGUCUACGACUACAAGCAGGGCAAGAAGACCGCGCUUCCGCCUUUCAUGGAGGCCCAGUUCCAGAAGACGUGGGAGCUCCAGAAGCAGGCAAAGCAGCACUGGCAGCAGCAGAUACUUGAUAUCGAAGCGCGGGUUCGCAAGUUGGAGACGGAUAGCUGGGAUCGUGAGGACGCCGUUGAGGAUAUGGGUUCAGCGAAGAAAUAA